AUGUGUGGAUUUUGUGUGUUUCUUGGCUCCAACUUAGUGAGCUGGAGUGCUAAGAAGCAGCCUACAGUCGCUCGUUCGUCUACUGAAGCUGAAUAUCGAUCCCUGGCUUACACUGCUGCUGAAGUUACAUGGAUCUGCAAAGUCUUUCGAGAUUUUGGUUUCUCCUCCUCUGUUAAACCUACCAUUUGGUGUGAUAACAUUUCUGCUAUCUCCCUUGCAUCAAACCCUGUUUUUAAUGCGAUAAGCAAUUCUCUUCUUGCAACUUCUCUAGACCAGUUUGACGACUCCAUCAAUACAAGCAAAACCAUGGAGAAGCAGAUGAGAAGAAUUAAUGAGAGCGUGAAGAUGGGGGCAAAAGUCACUGGUGACUACUAG